AUGUGGUUCCAACUGAUCGAUCAAAAUGCAGAUAAAAACGUAAAGAAAUUAUUAGUUGGUAACAAAUCUGAUUUAACAACGGCAAGAAUAGUUGAUUGUGAAAUAGCUCAGAAAUUGGCUAACUCAUUAAAUAUUCCAUAUGUAGAAACAUCGUCAAAGGACUCGACCAAUGUCGAACAGGCAUUUGAUAUUCUGGCUACUGAUGUUAUGUCACGUUUUGCACCAUCUAAGAGUCAUCAAUUGGAAACUGCGUCACUCCAAAGUACUAUAACGACGAAAUGUGAACCCAAGUAUUUGAUAAAAUUACUCCUCAUUGGAGAUUCCGGCGUUGGAAAGUCAUCGUUACUGUUACGCUUUACUAAUAAUUCUUUCGAUGAAAGUUUUAUACCUACCAUUGGAGUCGAUUUCGCAGUUCGUACAAUACAAUGGCAUGGACAGACAGCUAAACUUUCUAUUGAUGAUGUCUUCUAUGAAAGUUAUUUAGCAACUAUCGGUGUUGAUUUCAAAAUUCGUACAAUGAAUCAUAAUGGAAAAACAGUGAAAUUGCAAAUGUGGGAUACAGCAGGUGAUGAAAGAUUUCGAACUAUUAUAAGUAAUUCGCUUGUAAUUAAUGUCAUCGGUAGCUAUUAA